AUGGUGAAAUUAUACGCCCUCAGUGUCUUUUACAAAGCCCCAACCGAGGCACGUCUGCUGAAAUCAGCCUACGAUUUGCAAAGCUUUUCGUUCUUUCAACGUGGAUCGGUGCAGGAAUUCAUCAGCUUUGCCAGCAAAACGCUCGUCGAGAGAACACAGGCCGCAACACGGCAAUCGGUGAAACAAGAUGUGUAUAUGUGCCACGUAUAUGUCCGUGCCGACAAUUUGGCCGCCGUGCUGAUAGCGGACCAUGAAUACCCGCAACGGGUUGGGCAUACGCUGCUAACGAAGGUGCUGGAUGACUUUACCGCCAAGGUAGGCUCAGAACUUUGGCCGGUGACGACAAACGAAUCGGCAAUACAGUUUGGGACACUUCCGGCCACGCUCAAUAAGUAUCAGGACCCGCGGGAAGCCGACGCACUUACGCGCAUGCAGGAGGACUUGGACGAAACGAAGAUCAUCCUGCGUAACACGAUUGACGCAGUCCUGGACCGGGGUGAGAAGCUGGACGAUCUGGUGUACAAGUCGGAGUCCCUGUCGAUACAGAGCAAAGCAUUCUACAAGACAGCUAAGAAGACUAAUUCAUGCUGCAACUUUGCUUAG